CACCGGGGUGUUCAGAUGAUGCACAGUAGAACACAGAGAUCACCAAGAAAAAACCCUGGGGUGAGCAACACAAGUAUCCAAAACAGCAAAUGACUCCGUUGUAAGGCACCAGAAAAAACAUACGAAAAACAGCUUACACUGCCCAAAUGGCUGGAUCAAAUGUGCACAGAAAGUUUAGAGGGGUGCAAGUAAAAAGGCUAAGAGGUAGAGAAGGUUUAAGAACUGUAGUACUCUUACUGGAGGGGGGGCGUAGUCGGGGGUAGCCAAGAAGGUUACCCACCCUGGAGAGGUAAAGUUUUGCUGUUUAGUCAGCGAAUACACGUUGUUUUUCAAACGUGCAGGCCGACUUCAUGACGAAGUGAGAAGAAGCUCGGAAAGUGAAAAUACUAACAAAACUUACCAAAAAUAAGAACAGAUACUUUUUAAUUAAAGUUUAUUAAAACCAUAUCUAUAGUUACAUGCCAGCACGCAGGCCGGGACUCAAACAGCUUGUUUGACACGUAUACAUGUUUAGAGUAGUGAGGUUACAUGAAAAACAUAAACCCAAAAAUAAAGAGAAUGACAACGCAUACGAUACAUUAUUUACAAAGAUAGACUGUACAUGUAUAUUUACAGAGGGGAAGUGGGAUGAUUGCCAUUACACAGUAACACACAUAAUCACAUGACGACAUUAAAAGAUUACUGGUGAUAAACCUGCGUUUCAAGUGAUGAUACAUUCCAAUGUUAACAAUUCGUACAGAGAGUACAUUACUAAUAGCAAGCUGGUACUAGACAGUUCAUGUGAAUGAGCGUAACUUGAUCAACAUAAAGAGCGAGGACUGCACUAGACUGUUAGGUCCACUCAUCAUUGAGGAUAAAUUUAUUAUUAGAAUAUUUGAAGAUUACAUUGGAGAUACCUUUAUACAAAGUAUUUAGGUCUUUUUCGUUGAAGGUGUUGUAGUCAUUAGCAAGUUUAAGGGAGGCUUCUUCGCGAAUUUUGGUGGCAAUAAGGGUGGCAUUACACCUUUUAUUCUCAAAGAUGAAAGCACAUUUUGCCUUCCAGAGUGUCCUUUUGGUUAAAGCAACCAUCCAGUUAAUGCAGUAGUGAUUUUGUUUCUUGACGGGGAACCUGUUAUGAUGUUUAAUGCAAUGCCAAGUAAGUAUGGUGUUAAAGAUUUUAUUUAUCCAAUUCCAAACCUUAUUGGCGACGGGGCAUUCGAAGAAGAUAUGAAAUAUAUUUUCAGUUCUGUUACAACGGGGACAAUGAGCACUCCUCAUCUGCUGAUACGUGUGUAGAUAGUCUUUCGACAUCACUAUGUUGUUCAGGAUUCUCCAUAAUGAUAAUAAUAAUAAUUAUAAUAAUAAUAAUAGAAAUGGCCAGUAUAAUAUUAAAAAGAAUAUCAAAUUAAAUAAAAAAUUUGAUUACCCUUCAACUGCAGAAAAAGAAGAAUGGUUGAAAAAAUUAAUCAUAAAUUUAACAGACAUAGAAGUGCCGAAGGAUUAUUUGCGUUUGUUAUCAUAUGGCAGUAAUAUGAAUUUACCUAUAUUUACAAAAACCAUAGAAGUUGUUGCCGAAAUAGAAAGUAUUAUCCAACGAAUUCCGGGAAAACAGGAAGACAAAAAUCAGUUAAGGAAAUAUUUAAGUAAAGAUCUUCAAAAAUAUAAAGGAAAAGAUUUACAACAAAAGAAAAAACAAAUAGUAACUACAGAUGAAUAUGAAGUUUUACCUAGUGAUCCAACAGAAGAUAUUAAAAAGAAACUAAUUAAAUUAAUGAAAACAUAUAGAAAAGAGUUUACAAGCAAUGAAUUUAAGAAGAUCGUCAAUUUUAAUAAUGUACGUAUUCCACAACUUAAUAUUCGACUUAAAACCCACAAGAUUGGACAGAUUUUUAGACCUUUAGUAGAUUUUAAAUAUUCAGUAUUGUAUAAUUUAGAAUAUUAUAUAAAAAAUUAUUUGCAGUGUAUCCCCGACUCUAAAUAUACUAUAAAAAAUGCAGAUCAAUUGAUCUCAAGAUUAAUGCAAGGUCAAAGUAAAGACACUUAUAGAUUUUUAAGUCUGGAUAUAAAAUCUAUGUAUCCUUCAAUAAAUUGGAAUUUUAUUAUGGAAAGUUUAAGUAAAUAUGAUUUACCUUGUUAUAUCUUAGAAUUUAUUCAGUUUACUUUUAAAAAUAAUUACUUUAAAAUAUCUACAGAAUAUUAUCGCCAAAGAGACGGGAUCGCAAUGGGAUCAGUAAUUGGCCCAAAGCUUGCCGAUAUUUGUAUGGCAUCAAUAGAUGAAAAAAUCUUCCAGUACCAAGGUAUUGUUUUUUAUACUAGAUAUGUGGAUGACAUAUUAGUUUUGUACGACUCAAAUAACGUUACAGCUGAAAAUAUCAAGGAUUAUGCAAAUAGUUUAAAUAAGAACAUUAAAUUUACUUAUGAAGAAGAAAAAAAUUAUGAAAUUAAUUAUUUAGAUGUAAUAAUCACAAGAAAAAAUGAAACAUUGCUGUUCCGAAAAUACGAAAAAAUAUGUAAUAAUAAUAAGGUGAUUAAUUACAAGUCAUAUUCUUCUAUAGGAAUAAAAAGAAAUGUUUUUUUGAUGGAAUUAAAGAAAAUAUUUAAUAGAACAACUUUAAAAAAAUAUAUUGAAAUUGAAACUAAGAAUCUUUUUAAAAAAUAUUUAUUGAAUGACUAUCCACAACAGCUUAUACCAAAUGAAAAACAAUCGAAGAAUCCUUUAGAAGUUGCAGAAGUCGUAUAUGAAUUGAUGUGUACGUGCACAGAACGGAAAAGCUACGUUGGAGAAACAGGAAGAAAACUGGAAGUGAGGCUAAAGGAGCAUGAGGCGGCAAUUCGAUUGAACAGAACUGAAUCCCCGUGGCAACAACACUGCAGUAUUAAAAAUUGUCUUAUUGAUCGUAGUAAUAUUAAAAUUUUGUAUAAAGAAAAAAAUUUUGUAAAAAGACGCAUCAUAGAACAUUACUGUAUUAAAGAACAUGCAAAUUGUAUAAAUUUAAAUACAGGAGCAUAUGUCGAUGCAUGCUGGGAUAGCUUGAUGAACUAUAAUAGUACUGGCAACUUAACAGUGUAAUAUCCACUGAAGAGGCUAAAAUAGCGAAAUAUAUAUGGAUAACAUAAUAAAGUAAGAAAUAGUGAAAAUAAUUCUCUGGUUUUCUCUGUUUUUUUAAACUCUAUCGAAGUCGGAAUUAAAGAGUGAACGUCACUUGUGGUUCUUAAAGGUUUUUUUUAAACGAAAAAAUUUUUAGAAUUUAUUAAUUUUAAAACUUCAAUUGAUAUCCUAUCUCACUAUGUGGCCAAGGACCAAAGGGAUUGGGACGAAUGGAUCCCUUACGCUCUAUUUGCUUAUAAUACGUCUAGCCAUGC